CUCGGUGUAACUGUGGAUAAUCUGAUUCCAUUCUGAUCCUGUCGAGCUAAACACGAUGCGGAAGCAGCGGACGUUCCUAACCAAUGCGCAGAAGCUGCAGCUUAAGGAGUUCUGGAGCGAGCACCCAGACCUACAGCUGCCGGCGGUAGUGGACUGGGUGCGCGAGCGCUUUGGGGUGUCUGUGGGUCGUGCGACGCUCUACCGCAUUUACCACGCGCCAGUCGAGACUUUUGCCGGGAACGCGCAGAAAAAGAAGGGUAGACGCGUCAAGUUUCCGGAGUUGGAGAAAGACAUACUGUUCUUCUAUGAGGAAAACCGACGAAUCGGUGACAGCAGCGGUUUGGCUCUCUCAGACGAAGCGCUAUUGAGAGCCGCCGCAGAGCUACGGGCGCGGCGUGGUAUCUCAGAGACGGAACUCAAGUUAAGCAACGGAUGGCUGCACCGCUUCAAGGAGAGGCAUGCGCUACGUAUCGUUCCGCACGCGGCAGGGGAGAUGGUGACAACAGAGACUACAACUGGAGUAACGGGAGAAGUCACGCAAUGCGCGUCUGAAAAGCCCAAGCGGAAACCGAGAGCCGCGCCAAGAAAAAAAUCGACUGGCCAAUUGUGUGCUCAGAUUUCACAGGCAGCGUGCGGUGUUGAUCGCCUCAAUGCUUCAGAGGAGACAAUCGCGAUCAGCAUCACCGAUAUGGCAAGCAGCACUCAGCAGUCUUUGGCCUUUGGUGGCGAUGCUUCAACUGCAUUAGACAACGCAGCCGCCGAAACACUUAGUCUCCCGAAUGCUGUUGUACUGCCGCUGACAUAUCUCUCAGCAGUUGCUGCUGACUCAGUGGCGUCUGUAGGGUUUGUAAGGUGGAAGCUGCACAGCGGAAUGGCAUAUGAGAGCAUUUUCUCUGUGGUCAACGACUCUGUCUCCACUUUACGCGACGCUCGUUACCAGAUCAACGUGGAGCUUCAACACACUUGGUCGCCGCCAGAUACUUCUCCAGUAAUUUUCAAGGUGUGGGCUGGAGUGGAAAUGCUUGGCCAGUGCGAGCAUUCUGUCCGAAGUGAGGGUGGUCGAUCUCUAAGUGUGCUGCAGCUGAAUCGCACUCUGUCAGCACAAACGGUUAUCCGGGUUGAGUACCAUGCACCUGGUGUAGUUUAUAAUGACAGUCGACUGGUGUUGCGGCUACUCCCCUAA